AUGGAAGUUGAAUAUUCAAAUGUAGAUAACCAAGAUCCAGGGAAACCGAAUUUACCAGCUGUACUGAGUUCUGACAAAACAAUGUCCCCAUUGAAGCCGGAUCCUAAAAGUUGUAUGGAACUAGAAUGUCUUGUUGAUAAUAUGGAAGAGGAGCCAGAGAGAAAAAAUUUACUGGUUUUACCUUGCUUUGGAAAAAAACCUAAUGUAAGUAGCUGUAAUGGAACUAAAUAUUUAAACACUUAUGUAGGAGAUAAGGAGAAAUUAAAUGAAUUUACGGUACUUUGUGUUACUGACAAAACAGAAAUAGAUGCAAGUAGCUUUGAGAAAACUGAACAUUCGAAAAUUGAUGUAGUUAUUGGAGAAGAAGAUAAAUCAAACGUAUUGAUUGUUCUAAAUACUUCCAAUGAUACAGCAGAUGUUGAGUCUCCUGAUAUCUAUGAAUCUGUUAAUAAUUUACAAUCAGCUUCGCCAAUGUUUAAAAAUGAUCCAGUUUUAUUUAUGAAUAAAUCAAUCACACCUGGAAUAAAGUUAAUUCAAUUAGAAAUGGGUCCAUGCCAACCAAUUGCUACCGAUUUACCCAAUGGUAAAUUUCCUAAAGAUGAAUCAAAUCCACCACGUUCGUUUUCAACAUCAUAUUAUACAAAGUUGGUUAAUGGAAAGUCUGAACAUCGAUCGUGGAUUACAUACUCACCUACAAUGAAUAGAAUUUAUUGCUGGACAUGCAAACUGUUUGGUUCUAUUAGAGCUCAAAAAAACUCUUUUGUCACUACAGGUUGCAAUUCAUGGGGACAUUUAGGAGGUUUAUAUGGUCGAAUUCAUUUACAUGAAACUUGUAAAGAUCACUUAGAAGCUGAAUUAAAUAAAAUAAUGUACAUAAAUAAUAAUCGUGUUGAUAUUCAGUUAGUGAAUUCUAAUAAUAAGCAUGUUGCAAUGAAUAGAGCAGUUGUGCAUGUAUUAAUGGAUAUAGUGUUAUGUUUAUCCAAACAUAAUGAUGCAUUCAGAGGCCAUACUGAGUGUUUAACUAAUGGUACAAGUGGAAAAUUUCUAGAUUGGGUUAACGUUUUUGCCAAACAUCAUACAAUUUUAGCUACACACUUGGAAAAUAUUAAAUCAUCAACAAAAAAACAAUGA